UGAUCAUCCGGGGAUUUGAUCGCAGACACGAUGAUUCGAAAUUCCACCAAUGCCAUAUCGGUCGCAAUGUUUUGAUAUGGAAUAUGUAUUUGUGAAGACUUUAUUUCACUGACUUUGGGUAUAAAAAUGGACUCAAGUGAUGACAACAGUGACAAUGAGCUGUUUUUGUCAGCAGCAGGUGGAGUUAACAACCUUCCAGAUUUUCCUGUUCCAGAACAGUCUCAUUUAAAACCAAAGUUAGAUUCCAUAUUUGCUGAAGUGGAGAAAAAUCUUCCAUCCAUUGAUUUUGACCUAUCAGAUGUAAGCUCUGACAAUGAGGAUCAAGAAAUAUUCCACAGGUCUUUGUUCAACACUUCAUUGUUUGAUGAUGACAAAGACCUUGACACAAGUCAGACUGGGGAUUCCUUCUCCGAACUUCUGCGGCCAAAUGUUGAAUCUCUUUCACUCACAAAUAUUAGACUAGAUAUGGAAACAGAGGUUUUGGAGACAUGUGAAAAUGACACAGACACUGCUAGUGGACAGCAACAAAGACCAAAAUACCAGGGAGGAAAAUCCACAAGUUGGACAAAGACGGUUAUUGAGGCUCAUGAUGAGAAGGACAAAUUCAAAGAGAGAAAACCUGUCAGUAACAGUUCCACCCAGGUUACUACUGAAUGUCAGACUGUUGAGGAUCUGGUUCCAUUGGCUGGUGCAUUUAGUGCCAUGGAGCAAGAGCUUCUUAUUGAGGAGAGAGCGGAAACAGUUAGUGUAGAUGAAGAACUGGAAAAACAUGAAAAAGAGUCAACUAGUGAAAGAGAAGUCAAAACUGGCUCCUCAUCAUCUGGGGUCGGGGUAUAUAACUCUGGAGAUAAGCGUAUGAACAGAAUGGUCACUGCUGAGGAAAUGAGAAGGAAUGAAAAAGAAAUUGUGUCCAAUAUAGUCUCUCCCUCUCCUCCAAAACUCCUCUCAAAUAAUCUUAAUAUAGAUCUGAUUUUGUGUACUCUGGAUGAGGCACACCAGCUGAAUUCAUCUGUCCCUCCUGUAGUUAGAGAGGCAUGGGCUAGACAGCAGAGGAUCCAGUCACUGAUAGGGGCUGGGGAAGGUUCCAACAGAUUUCUUAAUGAACACAAAGAAGAGGAGAAUGCUCAGUCCCAGACUCUGAUCCAGAGAUUAGCUGAAUACUCGAUGAAACAGUCAGGGGAGGAUCUUACUGAUAUUGAUCCAAUGACUGGAGCCAGGGCGACCAGAGACAAGGAUGCUGAUAUCGUUGAUACAGAUAACAAGUCCAGAAGUCCUCUGUUUACCAGGAGGAAACCACCUCCCCACGAGCAGCCUGGAAAGAAAACCACCUCUGCUAGCUGCGGCACAAACACAAGCAACAAUGAUGGCCCACUGAGGAUUAUAACACCCACACCAAAGAACAAACUGGAGGCUGAAAAAAAUCCAGAACCUAAACGAGAAAGAGAGACUGUAUUCAUUGACCUGAGAAACCAUGACCAAAAGAUCAAAGAGCAACAACAGAGUAUUGAGAGAGUCCAGCAAGUACUUCACAUCAGUCAAGAAAGCAGUGAAAGUAGUGACAGUGAGUCAGAGAAUGAUAUGCAGGCAUGGUUUGAACAGAGGAAGCGAAUGAAACAGACUUUGGCCUCCAGAGGCGUCAGUACAGAUAUUCUACCAAAUAAGCCUACACUUGCAAGAUCAGAACCAAUCAAGCAUCCAAACAGGGUAAUUAACCUGGCAGAACUGGACAACCGACUUGCAGCCAAAGUUAAACCAGAUGAACCUGAGGAUGAGCUGACAGAAGAACAGAGAGCAGCUAUAGAGAAAGAGAAGCAGAUCAGGGAGGAGGAGAGAGAGAGGCAGAGAAAGAUUGAGGAAGCCAGGAAACAAAGAGAAGAGAGAGAAGCAGAAAGACAGAGUCGUUUACGGUUAGCUAAGAGACUUGAAGUUCUGAAACCAACGGCUUCUGUCAGUGGUAAACAAGACUGUGCCGAGACAACUCCAGUAUUGUUUGACGUUGAAGUGUCCUAUGAGCCAGCCCCUUCAACACUCCCCCCAUUCCUACCUUCUGAUAAAGAAGUUCGGCUGUUGACAGUACAUCUGUCCAGUAAUGGGGAAAUCAUUUUACACAGAGGGAAGUCCAAGAGUGUUGACACAGGACUUGGUCUCUCUGCCUCUUAUACCGUAUUGCUGACCUGGUUAUUGUCCAUGGUCCCUGAGAACUAUGACUUCCUCAUUAAGAAGCCAGAGGAGCUGGAACAGGUGCCCUUUUAUCCCCCUUUCUAUGUGCUUGGGAUGCAGCAGCUAUGGAUGGAUGAAGAUCUAUGUCUUGUGGUUGCUGUUACACCCCAUCCACAGUGUGACUCUAAAAUCAUACCCAACAAACAGAAAAAGUCCAAAACCAAGCUGAAGGAUGAAGUGAAGAACAAUUCUCCAUUUCAACAGUUCCUCACGAAAUUUCUCUCUACCAAUACUCUCCACACUGUUUGUCCCUGGUUACAGGCAGUGGUCCCUAUAGACAUUAGCUGCCCCUCCCAAAACCCAGAGGAUACCUCCACAUAUGUAUACAGGGCACCUCUACCUAUAAUCACAACCAAACCUCUGUCUACAUUUAUACAGAUGAAUCCUGAUCCCAAGGCUGCUCAAAAGGUGUUCAACACACCUGUGGGUUUCUUCUGGCAAACAGUGGACAAUGAGGAAUCUUCAUUUGAUCAUGGACUUAACGACGGUGAUGUGAAUUAUGACACUCAGGUCACUAUGUCUCUUGUUUACAAGAAGAUUUUCCAGGAACCUCCAGCAAUGUCAGGUAUCUUCAACAAGAUUAUGCAGGAAGGGCUGGAUUUAUCAGGGAUCAGACUUCUGUUCCCAGUGCAAGAACUUCUGGAUAAGCCAAGUGUGCCAAAUCAGACCGAUCGUGUUCAGUCAAAUAUCGAGUUCUUAAACAAAGUAGGCCCAGUAUUGGCCUUAGGACUUCGGGGUACCUUUGCUCGUGCUAUCUGGCUGGAUGCUGUGGGUCCCACAGACCCAGCUCUGGCCCGUAAGACCGAUCCUAACUCCCUGUGUGCUUUGUUUGGAGGUGCAUCACGAGAUGAAUGUUUGUUAUUUACCCCUAGAAAUCCAGCGCGGAUCCAUUCAGAGCUCACUCGCUGGUUUGCAGGAAGGGUGCCACCAGGUGGCGUUAUUGAUGUGGGAACACCUUACACAAGGAAAGAUCAUCUUAGAUCUGGAAGUCCCAAAGGUCAGAGGGCAAAGAAAGGCUCCUCAAGUUCUGAUUUAUCUGAGGAAAGAACAAAUCCAACCAUUGGGCAAUCAAAGAGGAGCUCCUCCCACCACAGUUUGAGUGAUAGCCACACUCAACACCGCCCACCAGCAGGUCUUACAGCCACCACCAAGAGUGAAAUCAUUCUGGUUAUCUCCCCUGUGGUCAGACCUCAGUAUAUUGGUGUCAUCAUGGCCUCCUGCCAGAGGAAGGGAUUUAGGAUCAGGGGAGUUAAGAGACAGAGGCUCACCUCCAAAAAGGUGUCCAGUCUGGGUAUUGAGAGUACUUUAUUGAGCACUUUUUGUCCUGGAGUGUCAGACAUGCAGGUGCCCUCUGCUGCCAGUAAGCAUGCUGAGGCCACGUCUCCAUGCUUCCUUCUGCUGCUAGAGAAGGAGAAUGCUGUACAUAAUGCUGCUAGCUUGAUUGAGUCCUGUAUGAUUCAGCUAACUCUGAAAGGACUAAUGGAAAAUAUGCAGAAUACUGUGGAUCACUAUUUAGAGUCCAAGCACAUGUUUUACUCAGCUCGAUACUCUGACAAUUUACUGGCCAGUCUUGGCGGGGAUUUUUCUAAGUGUGUAGACCAUGAGAUACAAGUGAAUCCAAAUUUUGUUGUGCCAAAGCUGUAUACAAACCCUGAACUAGAACAAAUAGUGAUACUUUUACUGCUGGGACAUGAAAUCCAGAAAAACUCAGGGAUGUUUGUAGGUAAACUUUUGGGUAUGGUUCCCUAUGGAAAGUUGACCAGUGUGGUACCCUUGAAGGAGGGCUUUGAACUUCUGGGGAUGAAGUGGCUGCCCGGAUUAACCACAUCCCAGGCAAAGGAGGUGACCCCUUGUGAAGUUGGAGACAGGCUCUGGAAAGAAAAUGUGCACACUCUAAUGUCAGAACCUGCUCUUGUGUUGGCACUUAGAGGGAUAGAUGCCUUCCAUCGUCUGGAGGCCAUGGUUCCUCUGGCUCAGCCAGGUAAGGGUAAAGACUCCCACAUAGAUUACAUCAUGUCCAGGAAUGCUGAGGAAUCGUAUGGAUUUGCCAGGGCUUUCUUCACUGACAAAGAGAUCUUCUCAGAUCCUACAGCCAGACACUUGUUAAUGUACCUUCCCCAGAUUCGGCAUCACAUUCAGGGGUUUGGAUCCAGGUCUCAUUCAAUAAAGACGGAUGUAAUGACAGAGUCCAUGUUUGAUGUGAUGCUCUCUGGACCUCAGCCCAUCACUACCGUCCUGGUCAUCAAACCCCGUGCCGUGAAAAAACACCUGACAAAGAUUCUCCGUAAGAUCAUGCUGGAAGGCUUCACUGUGGUGGGACUGAGGUUAGCAGUAGUUAAGGAGGAGGAGGAAUUACUCAGCCUCAUUGAUGAGGACAGAGAAUUGGAUGCUGAGAGGUUGGAUCAACAUAAGAAGUACUUGUGUUCUGGCCCUUCACUUAUCCUGGCCCUGGAGAGAGAGAAUGCUGUGAAGAGACUGUUAGAUUUACUGGGGCCCUGUGAUCCCCUCAGUGCGCGCCGCCAGAGCCAGUUUCUGUGGAGGGGGACCUUUGGGAUGGAUGUAGUUGCCAAUGGUCUUCAUGGCUCUAAGAAUUUUCCACAAGCAGUACAGGAACUGAAGAUGUUCUUUAAAGAUGGUCUGUGCUGUAAUGAUUCAGAGGAUCUGAGAGACAUUGAGGACUAUGAUAAUAACGACGAAGAAGAGAUACUUGGCCCAGCAGUAGACAGUCUUAUAGACGUUUCUACUGGAGACAAAAGAACUGUUCAAGUUACAGACAUACCUGGAGACAGAGAACACUCUGCUAUUGAAAUCCAGUUAUUACUACAGACCACAUGUAUUGUGCUGAAGCCUCCACUUCUGAAGAUCCAUGACAGAGGUCACUAUGCUUAUGUUGACAUUGUGGAGGAACUUCUGAAACAAGAAUUUGAGAUAGUUGGAGCAAGAAUGGUUUGGUUUACACAGGAACAGGCUGAAGUCUUCCUUCAUAUCGUCAAUGCUGGCAGCUAUAAACAGGCCCCUAUGUUGCUGUCUGGACCGUCUCUUGUCUUUGCACUACAGAGAGAUAAUGCUGUUCUUUCCUUUGACUCCAUUCUAGGAAGCAACUUUGGCGCAGAUUCCAUCAUUGGUAAAUAUGGAGGAGGCAUUUUCCGACCAUCAGACAUAAAACAGGCUCAUAGAAUGCUCGGGUUCUUCUUCGAUGAACUAAUGCCAGGCAGUCAGAUAAAGAUUACCCCUAACGAAGAACUAGGCCCGCACUGAUCUUCCGUCUCUCCUUGUUAGAGUCCUUAACAUCAGUAUUAACCAGAUGAAUUCAAGCAGUGUCAUUUUGUUCAUGUUUGAAUUGUAAUUUUGUGGUGACUUUCAUUGCUUUGUUUGCGUAGUGGUGCAAAUGAAUGGAUUCAAAGCAUUUCCUUUGAAAAUAUUUGAUGUCAUCUCUAAACAUAUAUAUGAUUAAAAGCUUUUUUUAAUAAAAGCAACAAAAAAAUAAUCUAUGGGGGAUAUAAAAGAUUCCAAUACCAUUAAUUAACAAAAACAAAAAACAAACAUGAUAUACUUAAAAUUGGAUAUGAAUGUCGCUCCAUAUUUAAGCUCUCUACUGCAAUAAUGUAAUUUAUUUAGAAAAUGAAUUUUCAAGGGAUUUAGAAUAAAACAUGGACAAGUUACUACACCAAAAAUGACAGUUUUACAAUGAACAUUGUAUAUUUUUGUUAUUAUUUAAUCCCCAAUAUGGUAUUUAUUCUAUACAGUCCCAUUCAGUUUUUUACUUGUGGAGUGGAUUCUUCUUCAAAACCGUCCAUUUUUCUUGGGUUUAAUUUAUAAAAACCUGAUACAGAAUACAUAUCUACACUUCACCAAUGCCCAGUUUGUAAUUGAUACCUCCAGACAUAUGAUAAUUUGUGAUACAUCAUGUCCGUCCAUUAUUUUAAAUUUUUGGAUUAUUGGUUGUGUUUACAUUUUAUGGUUAUUUUAUAUCUUACCUUACUUUAAAAUGUUUGAUGUUCGUGUUCUUUUUUUUAAAGGAUUUCCAUUGUUAAGAAGUUCUGCAAAUGUCUAGGUGAGAAAAAUAUUGAAUUUAAACCUAGUAUUGAAUUAUAAUAAGUUCCAUUGCCCUCGUAUUAUUAUAAUAUUAAAAGGGUGACAAACCUUAUAUGAAAAUGACACAAUAUGCAGUCAUCAUCUUUUUAAUCUAGAUUUGCAAUUAUAUCUGAAUACAAUUCAGAAUUCCUCAAGGGGAUUGAAUUUUUAAAGUCUGUCCUUAGAAUGCUUUUUGUAAGCAAAAUCUGUGUAAAUGCAUCUGAAUACAAGGCAAAAACUGUAAAAUGCAUCUGAAUACAUACCAUGCAUCCCCUGUAUCGCAGGAAUUUUAGCGCAUUUAGUUGUUGAAAUUGGAAAGAGCUAUGCAUUAUUGUCAGUGUCAUGUCCAUUAUUAAAGUGAUAAUUCUCAAUUUGACCAACAAAAAAGUCCGGAUGAUGCUUCUGACAUGAUCCUGCUAUGCAUGCGACAUCCAACUUUAUUCCUGUAUAAAUGAUCACUUAAAAAAAUUAAGCAGAAUCCAUUUCAAAGUAAAUUUAAUCUUUAACAAGAGCAAACUUGAGUCUACGAAUGUCUUAGAUUCUCUUGAUGAUGUAUGCCUAUGGUGGUCUAAAUUUUAAUGCUAUAUUUGACAUAUUUAUUGGUUGAGUGACGAGAUUAAAGUUUUGUAGCGCAUUCUUCAUAAAGAACUUUACUUAUUGUUCGUGAAUGAUACAUUGCAUUUAAGGAUGUGUUCUAUUAGAUGUACAUUGAUUUGUAUUUCCGGGUAUGUAACCAAACCAUAACGAAGAAAAUGCACUGUAAUGUUUUAUGUUGAAUUAUAGAAGUUUGUUACAUCGUUUAUACAGGACUUUCAUGGCGGUGACUAAUAGAAUUAUUAUUAACUGUAAUAUAUAUAUAUAUAUAUAUAUAUAUAUAUAUAUAUAUAUAUAUAUAUAUAUAUAUAUAUAUAUAUGAUAAUGUUGCACCUCUGCAACAACAUGCGCAUUAGUUUUGUGUAGUUGUUGAAUAUACAGUGUCAUAAAGUGUUAUUAAAUAGAAUCUUAUGUAAUAUUUAUUUUGAUGGAACAUUGAUUAGUUUAAAUAAUGGAAAUAGAAAGACCAAGUGCUAACAAAGAAUUUUGAAAUACCAGGAUGUGUCAGAAGUACUUCUUUGGUGUUAGAUGAUUAUAGAUUGAAUCUAUUUUUUAUGCAGCAAUCAGCACGUUUCACUUUGAAAUAAAACAUUUAUUAUUUUGAAAUGAGAGAUCGAUCGUUUCCAGUACAGAAUGUUUUAAUUUUGAUGAUCCUUUACUAAUGCAAAUCCAUUUACAUGUUUCAUGAUAUUGUGUUACAUUAUAUUUGUCUCUAGAUAUACUUAUAUCAUUCCUUUAAUGUACAAAUACAUAGAAUUUCAUGAAGAAAACAGUAUUUAUCUGUAUACCGUCCAUUGCACUGUUUGAUCUCUGAACUUGAAAAAUAUAACAAAUCUGUGUGUGCCUUGAAUAUAAUAUGAUUAAAUUUAUGAAUUAUUUUUCUUUUUAUUUGAUUAUCUAGUUGAACUGUGUUUUGUAAAUGUUUAUAUAUUUAUUUCAUAUCAUUCUG